UGCAAAAGAAAACAGUGAUAAAUAAGUGAGGAAGAGGGGAAGGAGACCAAGUGGGUCAGAGGCACACGUUAUGCGCAGGCAAUUCCAUGUGCCCACAUGGAUAAUUGGAGAGAGCGUGGCAAUUUAGCGGAGGGAAAGAUGAUGAAGAAGAAGAAGAUCAUCAAAACACCUCCACAACCCAAGUAGUUCCACCCCUCUUCUCUCUUUUCAGAAUCACACACAAGAAAGAUGAAGGAAAGUAGUGAUGCGUUUGUGCGAGCAGAUCAGAUUGAUCUAAAAAGCAUAGAUGAACAGCUAGAGAGGCAUCUAAGUAAGGCAUUGAAGAAGCACAAAGAGGAAGACGAUGAUGCUUCUUCUGCUGCUUCUGAUGUUCCUCGUCACUCUAGCUCCUUUGCCACUGCUACUAAAUUCAAAAGUGUUGCUGCAACUGCCUUCAAGAAGCAAAGGGAAGAGUGGGAAAUUGACCCUUCUAACCUCAUCAUCAAGAGUGUCAUAGCUCGUGGCACUUUCGGCACUGUCCACCGUGGCAUCUAUGAUGGACAAGAUGUUGCCGUUAAAAUGCUGGAUUGGGGUGAAGAAGGGCACCGGACAGAAGCUGAAAUAGCUGCCCUCAGAUCGGCGUUUACUCAAGAAGUUGCUGUUUGGCAUAAACUUGAUCAUCCUAAUGUCACUAAGUUUAUAGGGGCAACAAUGGGGUCUUCAGAAUUACAGAUACAAACUGAUAAUGGUCUAAUUAGCAUGCCAAGCAAUAUCUGCUGUGUAGUUGUAGAGUAUCUUGCCGGAGGUACACUGAAAUCUUUCCUAAUAAAGAAUAGGAGGAGGAAGUUAGCUUUCAAGGUUGUCAUCCAGCUGACGCUUGAUCUUGCAAGAGGGCUGAGUUAUCUUCACUCUCAGAAGGUUGUACAUAGAGAUGUAAAGACAGAGAACAUGCUGUUGGACAAGACACGCACCGUUAAAAUUGCUGAUUUUGGGGUUGCUCGUGUUGAAGCCUCAAAUCCUAAUGACAUGACUGGGGAGACUGGUACACUUGGUUACAUGGCUCCUGAGGUUUUAAACGGCAACCCGUAUAACAGGAAAUGUGAUGUGUACAGUUUUGGCAUCUGUUUAUGGGAAAUAUAUUGUUGUGACAUGCCAUAUCCUGACUUAAGUUUCUCAGAGAUUACUUCAGCUGUUGUUCGCCAGAAUCUGAGACCAGAAAUACCAAGAUGUUGCCCAAGUUCUCUAGCAAAUGUAAUGAAGAAAUGCUGGGAUGCCAAUCCUGAUAAACGUCCCGAAAUGGACGAGGUAGUUUCGAUGCUAGAGGCUAUUGACACUUCCAAAGGUGGAGGUAUGAUCCCUGUUGAUCAGCAGCAGGGUUGUCUUUGCUUCCGUAAGUACAGGGGGCCUUGAUCCCUUGUCCAACAAACUGUGACUUUUCACUAUGCAAAGAAUCAAUCUGUAAACAGGAUUUGGAUGCCAAGAUGAGAGGAAUAUACAGUAGAGGGUAUAGGAAGGAGGAGCUGUUUUAAGUGUCAAUUCUUAUGUAAAUCCAUAGCUCUUAUUUUCUUUUCUUCUUUUAUGUUUGGAUUUUGUCGGUAUGAGUACUACUAUAGUACUAUCAGCUUUGCAAUGUUGCCAGACUGGCCUCAUAACCUUGUAAGAUCUUCAUUAUACUGUUGUAAUCAUGAUUGAUGUGAUUAAAUUGGAUCUAUUUGCUAGG